CUCCGGCUAAUUCUGCCUCGCAGUCUACAUGGAAUUAGCAGCGGCGUGUUAUCCCCGGCGGGACCGAUCAUCUCUCUGAUCACCUCCAGCACUGAUGGGCCGACAUGGCAGAGGGCAGGCGGACAGCAGCCGGUAGCCCUGUAAUUCUCCCACAUUGCCGACAUCAAAAGCCCACAGCUGUGUCAAGGGCUCGGACUGCGCAGUACGAGAAACACCUGACCGUUCCACAGUACCUGCCUCGGAUACCCUUCAGCCACACCGAUGGAGCUGUGGGCAAUACAAUGGCAGGCCCCAUCCUUGAGGAGCGACCAGAAAGCCCACCGGUUGUUGACUACUACCUUGAAGAUAAGAAAAGGGAAAACAAUAAAAAAGGCUUGUAUUUCAGAGAUGGGAGGAGAAAGGUGGAUUAUAUCUUGGUUUAUCAAAACAAAAAAGUCACACCCUUGUCGGCUGGAGCUCUUGUUCUAAAUGGCACGGCGACAAUUUCUCACAGAAGCAAGGAGCACGCUAAAGUACCGGUGGGCCAGCGAGACUUUGUGCUGGACAUUAGCAGCGCUCACGGGUCUGCGGAGGAAGAAAAGAGAGCUCGGAGAGAGGAGUUUGAAAAGAACCUCGUGGAGAGCGGACUGGAGAUAGAGAGAGACAAAGAGUCCAAGUCUCCCAGCACGGGAUAUGUCAGGAUACAUGCUCCUUGGCACGUUCUCAGUCGAGAGGCCGAGUUUCUAAAAAUAAAGGUUCAGACCAAAAAGACUUUUGAAGUAAAACCGGAGGGUGGAGUAUCAGCAAAAUUGAACCUAAUUCUGCGGAAAUUCACCAAGCCUUUGCAGCCCAGAGUUGGACAGAUAAACCACCGAAGCAAACAGCUGUCACACCCCUUCAGCCGGGACAAGAUGCAUUUGUACAACAUAACGAACAAGGAAACCUUUUUUGACAACGCAACACGAAGCCGAAUAGUUUAUGAAAUUUUAAAACGAACUUCAUGUGCAAAAGCUCCAUAUAACACGGGUAUAACGACUUUAAUAGCGAAUGGCAUCUACGAAUCUGCCUAUCCCCUUCAUGAUGGUGAUUAUGAAGGCGCUGAUCCAGAGGAGAAUGAGCGCAGGCUGCUGUACCAAGAAUGGGCGCGAUAUGGAGUGUUUUAUAAGUACCAGCCAAUUGACCUGAUAAGGAAGUAUUUUGGUGAGAAGAUUGGCUUGUACUUCGCAUGGUUGGGACUCUACACGGAGCUGCUGAUGCCAGCAUCACUGGUUGGGAUCAUAGUAUUUUUUUAUGGGUGUAUUACAAUAGACAAUGACAUACCAAGUGCGGAGAUGUGUGAUGAGCAGAACAACUUCACCAUGUGCCCACUCUGUGACAAGUCAUGCGACUACUGGCAUCUCAGCACUGCAUGUGCUACAGCACAGGCCAGCCACCUGUUCGACAACCCCGCCACCAUCUUCUUUUCCAUCUUCAUGGCACUCUGGGCGACCUUGUUCCUCGAAUGCUGGAAGCGAAGGCAGAUGAGAUUGUGCUACCAGUGGGAUUUAACUGGUCUGGAAGAAGAAGAAGAACGCAUGAAGGAGCACCCAAGACCGGAAUAUGAAACUAAACUUCUGCAGAAGAAGCAAUUAAAAGAAAAAAAGGAUCUAAAUGCUGAGAAUGAGAAGUUGACCUGGCGAGAUCGUGUUCUUGGCUACCUGGGCAAUUUUGUGUCGAUUCUGUUCAUGAUUGGCCUGACGUUUUCCGCUGUCUUUGGAGUGAUUGUGUACCGGAUCUCCAUCGCGGCGGCCAUGGCAAUGAGUACGCAUGAGGGCACGAGGUCAAACAUCCGGGUCACAGUGACCGCCACGGCUGUCAUCAUCAACCUCCUCCUGAUCCUUAUCCUGGACGAGAUCUACGGCGCCGUCGCUGAAUGGCUGACCAAAAUCGAAGUCCCCAAAACAGAAAAGAUCUUUGAAGAAAGGUUGAUUCUGAAAUCAUUCCUGUUAAAAUUUGUCAACUCUUACGCUUCUAUUUUCUAUGUGGCCUUCUUCAAAGGACGGUUUGUGGGUCGACCUGGGAGAUAUGUUUAUGUCUUUCAUAACUAUCGAAUGGAAGAGUGUGCCCCUGGAGGCUGCCUGAUCGAGCUUUGUAUCCAGCUUGGCAUUAUUAUGCUCGGAAAGCAACUUAUCCAAAACAAUAUCUUCGAAAUUGGAGUUCCGAGGAUGAAGAAAUUGUUCAGGAAAAUGAAGGAUGAAAGGGCCGAGACCAAAGUCUCGAGCCAUUCAGAUGCUACUCAGGAGCCGCAGCAAUGGGACCUGGACUAUAACUUGGAGCCUUUCACUGGCCUGACUCCAGAAUACAUGGAGAUGAUUGUCCAGUUUGGCUUUGUGACGCUCUUUGUGGCAUCCUUUCCCUUGGCACCCUUGUUCGCGCUUCUAAAUAAUGUCAUUGAGAUCCGGCUGGAUGCGAAGAAAUUUGUCGCUGAGCUUAGACGGCCAAAUGCAGAACGUGCAAAGGACAUAGGAAUUUGGUACAACAUUCUCAGUGGAAUUGGGAAAUUCUCAGUGAUCAUCAAUGCAUUUGUAAUUGCGAUCACAUCAGACUUUAUCCCACGCCUGGUUUACCAGUACAUGUACAGUGGUGAUGGCAGCAUGCAUGGCUUUGUGAAUCAUACCUUGUCAUACUUCAACAUCACUGAAUUCCAGCAGGGGACCCAACCCUAUUCAUCACAUUUCACCAACAUUAAAGUCUGCAGGUAUAAGGACUACAGAGAGCCCCCCUGGUCUGAUCAUGCGUAUGAAUAUUCUAAACAGUACUGGACUAUCCUGGCUGCUCGCCUGACCUUUGUCAUCAUCUUUCAGAACCUGGUGAUGUUUUUAAGCAACGUCCUGGACUGGUUGAUACCGGACAUUCCCAAGGACAUCAGCGUGCGCAUGAAGAGGGAGAAGACCCUGCUUGUGGACGUGUUCCUGAAAGAAGAGCGGGAGAAGGUGAACCUCAUCGAAAGCUUCUUGGUGCGGGACAGGCAGAAGCUGAGGCCCGUGGAGGUGAAGAAGCCUCGUGCAUCCAGCGUCUCCCUGGCCGACAGAAGCCAGCGUGCCACCUUGACCUCCCACAGCCUGCGACACACCGAUGUCUGACCUCCUCGGCAGGUCCACUGGACUAACCACACCUGCCCUGGACCCUCGGUGGGGUGGGUGGGGGAACAAGGGGAAGAUGGCUGCUUGACAUAAGCCGCAAACAACGAGCUUAUUACUAACCCAGAAAACCAAGGCAAUGUGAGCCACGUUGUGUACAGUGGACUGCGAAACCACGGGAGAAACAGGGUCACACUGUGAUACACAAAGAGGGCCCUUUUGUGUAGAGAGCUCACUUGCAGAGUACUGGAAGGUAUCUCUAUAAUGGGUAGCAGUCUACUCAAAGUGACUUGGGUCAGAAAGUGACCCAAGGGAGUCUUGAUAGGGUCCAGCCUGUUAGGAUUAGUUGAAAUCAGUUUUGUAUGUUUGUAAAUGUUUGUGACUAUGCGCUGUUCACCAUUAAAAUAAUGUACAUUGCUGUCUGUGCUUUUAAAGAGGAAAUUCGAAGAGAGCGUGCAGUUUACACAUGGUACUUUAGAUCAUAAACGCAGCUUAUGU